ACGUGGCUGCUGGAGGUCGUCUCGCGAGAUCUACGCAUUGCCCAGGAGACCAGGCGGAGGAGACGCGAUUUCGCGGGGAAGAAGAAAAAAAAAAAGGUCGUGAGUGCUCGCGAGAUCUCAGGUCGCCGGACCCGAAAGGUUUCUCGGGAAGUUUUAGGGCCCGAGUCAGGUCCCUAGGGCAAAUGGCCGGAGCCGGACCCACCAUGUUGCUACGAGAGGAGAACGGCUGCUGCAGUCGGCGGCAGAGCAGCUCCAGCGCCGGGGACUCGGACGCCGAGCGGGAGGACUCGCCCGCCGCGCGCGCCCGGCAGCAGCUCGAGGCGCUGCUCAACAAGACCAUGCGCAUCCGCAUGACGGACGGACGGACACUGGUGGGCUGCUUCCUCUGCACCGAUCGCGACUGCAACGUGAUCCUGGGUUCGGCGCAGGAAUUCCUGAAGCCGUCGGAUUCCUUCUCGGCCGGGGAGCCCCGGGUCCUGGGCCUGGCCAUGGUGCCCGGACACCACAUCGUCUCUGUCGAGGUGCAGAGGGAGAGCCUGGCGGGGCCCCCGUAUCUCUGACCCCUUCAGACAUCAUUAAACUGAACGAACAUGGAAGGA